AUGCCAUCACCUUCAUCCCUUAAAAUAAUCAUUGAGAAUGAACAAGGACUUGUCAGUAGAUGUAUACAACAAGAUAGCGACUCUGAAAUAAUGGAACACACCCUGAAUACAGGUGCUAUUUCUCCACAUCCUUCCGAAUCAAAGUGUAGUGUUGAGAAGGAUGAGAAGUUAUCCUUACUAUUCUCUAGACUCGGUUUGAAGAACAACUCUCCUUCUCCAAUUAUUGAAAGAUCACCAACAUCCUUUCAAACCAUAUCAACAGAUCAUUCAAACCAUAACCUCCAAGUCAACUCUUCGUUCCCUUUAUUAUUAGCUCCUUCAAAUAAGAAUAGAAAAAGUAGAAUGGUCUUUUCAACACCUUCAGAAGAGGGAGAAUCAACUGUUAGGGAAAUACUUUCAACCCUCUCAUCUAGAUUUCACUCAGCAAUAGAAUCAAAGUCUUCGAGUUGUAUCACCAAACAGAAAAAGAUGAAAUCAAGCUCAUCUUCAUCACAUAGAUUUUGUAAAUCUUUUGAUUCUUGUUAG